GCGGGAGUGGAUUUGAACUCCAACGCAGGUCUCUGGGGUCCCUAGACAGAGCCCGUCUUCGGACGCAGUGUCCUGCUACUCCUGCUGGGGUUCCUCCAGAUGUCAUGGAGCUGGAUCUGUCUCCACCUCAACUCAGCAGCUCCCCGGAAGACCUGUGCCCAGCCUCUGGGACCCCUCCGGGAACUCCCCCGCCCCCUGAGACCCCUCUGCCUGGGGAGGUGAAGAGGUCCCAGCCUCUGCCCAUUCCGAACUGCAGGAAACUUCGGGAAGAGGAGCUGCGGGCAUCUUCUCUACCCUCCAUCCCCAACCCCUUCCCUGAGCUCUGCAGUCCUCCUUCACAGACCCCCAUUCUCGGGGGGCCCUCCAGUGCAAGGGGACUGCUCCCUCGAGAUGCCAGCCGCCCCCAUGUGGUAAAGGUGUACAGUGAGGACGGGGCCUGCCGGUCCGUGGAGGUGGCAGCGGGCGCCACGGCUCGCCACGUGUGUGAGAUGCUGGUGCAGCGAGCUCAUGCCCUGAGCGACGAGAACUGGGGACUGGUGGAGUGCCACCCCCACCUUGCACUGGAGCGGGGUUUGGAGGACCAUGAGUCUGUAGUGGAAGUGCAGGCCGCUUGGCCUGUUGGUGGAGACAGCCGCUUCGUCUUCCGGAAAAAUUUCGCCAAGUAUGAACUAUUCAAGAGCUCCCCACACUCCCUGUUCCCAGAAAAGAUGGUCUCCAGCUGUCUGGAUGCACACACGGGCAUAUCCCAUGAAGACCUCAUCCAGAACUUCCUGAACGCCGGCAGCUUCCCAGAGAUCCAGGGCUUCCUGCAGCUGCGGGGGUCUGGACGCAAGCUUUGGAAACGCUUCUUCUGCUUCCUGCGCCGGUCUGGCCUCUAUUACUCCACGAAGGGCACCUCCAAGGAUCCGAGGCACCUACAGUACGUGGCCGACGUGAACGAGUCCAACGUGUACGUGGUGACGCAGGGCCGCAAGCUCUAUGGCAUGCCCACGGACUUCGGCUUCUGUGUCAAGCCCAACAAGCUUCGGAACGGUCACAAGGGGCUGCGCAUCUUCUGCAGCGAGGAUGAGCAGAGCCGUACCUGCUGGCUGGCUGCCUUCCGCCUCUUCAAGUAUGGGGUGCAGCUAUAUAAGAACUACCAGCAGGCACAGUCUCGCCAUCUGCGCCCGUCCUGUUUGGGCUCUCCGCCCUUGAGGAGCGUCUCAGAUAAUACCCUGGUGGCCAUGGACUUCUCUGGCCAUGCUGGGCGUGUCAUUGAGAACCCCCGGGAAGCUCUGAGUGCAGCCCUGGAGGAGGCCCAGGCCUGGAGGAAGAAGACCAACCACCGCCUCAGCCUGCCCACCCCCAGCUCAGGCGCGAGCCUCAGUGCAGCCAUCCACCGCACCCAACCCUGGUUCCAUGGACGCAUUUCCCGCGAGGAGAGCCAGCGGCUCAUCGGACAGCAGGGCCUGGUGGAUGGCCUCUUCCUGGUCCGGGAGAGUCAGCGGAACCCACAGGGCUUCGUCCUCUCCUUGUGCCACCUGCAGAAAGUCAAGCAUUACCUCAUCCUGCCGAACGAAGAGGAGGGUCGCCUCUACUUCAGCAUGGACGAGGGCCAGACCCGGUUCACCGACCUGCUGCAGCUUGUGGAGUUCCACCAGCUGAACCGUGGCAUCCUGCCGUGCCUGCUGCGCCAUUGCUGUACCCGUGUGGCCCUCUGACCACACAGGAGCUGCCCGGCUCACCUCAGGCUGCCUGCCGUCCCCUCUGCUCAGCCAGUGGACCUGGGGGGACACAGGAGUGGGGACAGGAUGGUGAAUGACUCGAGGGCCUCCCAUUCUAGUCUUCUCAGCUCCCUUCUUCCUUAGGCACGAAACUACACCCCACCCAGUCCACCCUUGACCUCUUUCCUCUGGGGCUGCAGCUGGUGGCCCUUUCCCCUCCAUGGAGCCCCUGGGCGCUACUCUGGGGCAGGGCAUUAUGAGAAAAAUGGGUGCAACCCAGGCGGUUUUAUGCCCCACAUUUUGUACAGACUGAGAGGCCAGUUGAUCUGCUCUGUUUUAUACCAGUGACAAUAAAGAGUAUUUUUUGAUA